CUCCAUCAAAUCUCCGCCGUGAACAACUUCAUCACACCUCAACGUCGUCUCUCUCCAUUGUCCGCUUGACUCGGCUUGCCUUAGGAAACACAUGGCGGCUGGCUGCCAACACCAUGCUUCAUCCAUGUCUUCGCCCACCUUCUUGCUAGCCUCGCUAAAAAAUCUGCGGGACCUCACCACCACCAUUCGGACUCCAGAAGCCUUUCAACGCCAUUUUCAAUAUCAAAUCCUCUUAACUGGGAACGCCAUGGGAAAGCUGACGUAUACGACCUGCCAUGGCUCCACUCCAUUGCCGGACACUAGGAAACACGCUACUUCUCCAGCUUUACUGCAUCUUGAUGCUCCUGUGCUUCUUUGGGGGUGCGAAACAUCGGUAUGGUAUUUGGAAAACACGCGAGCUUUGUGCAACUCAGGGUACAGGCGCCAAAAGCUUGUUGAUCCAUUUGUUCAGUAUGACGGCCAUCUUCAGGCCCGAGUUGUCGGGGUUGAUCUGAUUCCGGUUCGGCCAGUCGCCAGCCCGCAAUUCUCCCCGUCAACCUCAACCACCUACUCCUCCUAACCUAUCCUAACGCUUUUCGUUUUGGGUUAUUCCUGCUCUAGCAAGUCCCGUCCUUGCAGAUCGGUCUUGGCUUAGGCGUCAUGGGGAUCCGGCCCACUCUCCUGUCUCAAUGUAGCCAAAACUUUUGAUUUGCUGGUUGCAGCUACUACACGACCGGGUCACCGGUUUGCUCGCACUAGAGUCCCAUCACAGCCUGGUGCUUGCAUUCUGAAUAUUCUAUUCCAGGAGUAUUCCCCAGUUGAAUAGCUUAUGACUGCAGCGACUAUGGUGGCGACGCCACUACAUUGGGCAGUCAGGAAAUCCGAACCAGGGGUGAACCCGUAGCAAACACGACAGAACACGAUAGGAUGGCUAUGGCAGCUGUCGUUCC